CACAACUUCAGCAGUUACUGCAGGGCUAUUCACAACUGCUCCAAAUGCAACUGUGAGCACAGGGAUUACCAAUGUGCUCUGGGGGAGAGCAUGUCUUAGUGCCUGCUGCAUCUCCCUAGAAAAGGCACUAAAGAACAACAUGGAUCAAGUUGAACAACUUUCUGCAGACAGAAGGAAGAGCCUCCCCUCAGCUGACAAGAAAAAGAGCAAUGGCUGUAGAACCAUUGUGGGGUUUUUGUGUGUGUUCCCUGUGGUGGCUCUGCUGGCUAUUGUGGGAGAUCCAGCUGGAGCUGCAGUUCAGAAAAUUCAGGAAGAUGCCACAUCACCUGGUCAUCAUGAAGCCUCUGCUGUGCACAGUCCUGCUUUCCCACCUCGGCCUCCAGCGCGGAGAAGACGCUACACCAUCACACCAGGGCACUUGAAAUGGGACCACUUCAACUUAACGUACAAGAUCCUGUCCUUCCCAAGGAACCUCCUGAGUGCCCGGGACACACGCAGGGGCCUGGCGGCUGCGUUCCGAAUGUGGAGUGAAGUGUCACCCUUCAGCUUCAGGGAAGUGCCACGUCACCUGCCCAGUGACCUGAAAAUAGGCUUCUACUCCAUCAACCACACGGACUGCCUGGAGUCUCUCAUCCACCACUGCUUUGAUGGGACAACUGGGGAGCUUGCCCAUGCCUUCUUCCCACCCAACGGGGAAAUCCAUUUUGAUGACCAUGAAUACUGGAUCUUGGGCAACACCCGGUUCAGCUGGAAGAAAGGUGUGUGGCUCACAGACCUGGUACAUGUAGCUGCUCAUGAAAUAGGACACGCCUUGGGACUCAUGCACUCCCUGAACCCUGGGGCCCUCAUGCACAUCAACGCCACCCUGACUGGGAAAAAGACCAUCUCCCAGGAUGAAGUCUGGGGAAUUCACAGGCUUUAUGGAUGUAAAGACAGGCUGUUCAUGUGCCCAUCGUGGGCACAAAAAGGUUUCUGUGAGAAACGCAGGAAGCUGAUGCAAAAGCACUGUCCUUCUGCCUGUGACUUCUGCUAUGAAUUCCCAUUUCCAACGGUCCCUCCUACUCUGCCUCCACCGAGGACAAAGACCAAGACUGUUUCUGAGGGCAGGAACGUCACCUUCCGCUGUGGACAGAAGAUAAUUCACAAAAAAGGCAAAGUUUACUGGUAUAAGGAUCAGGAGCUUCUGGAAUACUCAUAUCCAGGUUACUUAUCCUUAAAUGAAGAUCACAUGAGCAUCAUUGCAAAUGCAAUUAAUGAAGGAACUUACACUUGUAUAGUGAAGAAAAAAGAAAGAAUCUUGACUACUUAUUCCUGGAGAAUCAGACUCAAGCACUAACGAGGACCCUGGAAUGAGCACUCCAGGUAUUGCUCCUUCUGUUUCAAAUUCAAAAUGUUUCUCUGGCAUUUUAUAUUUAACCUCCAACAGUGCAACUCAACUUCUACAUCAGCUGCUUCUAUUCCUUGGGCAAAAGAGACUAAGACUUGAUUACUGGAACAUAAAACUUCCAAAUCAGUUCUAAUGCUAAAGAAUUUGUCAAGUAUGUGCUGUACAGACAAUUUAAAAUGUGGAGGUUUUGGUUUGUUUUUAAAGUGUUGGAUUUUGCAGCUAAACUAUGUGGAUCACUGCAGACUGCUGGUAAACAAGAACAUAA